AUGGAGACUCCAAAGCGAAAACGAUUGUUAUUAGACCACGUACAGAAAACUGCGAUCGUCAAUUUUGCAAGUGAAAAUCCCAAAAACUCUCAUCAACAGAUUGCAAAUCAUUUUUCUGCUUUGUGGGAUUUACCUAUAAAAAGGCGAACUGUUGGUGAUAUUGUGGCAAAUAUUUCCCUACAGGAAUCUGAGGUUGAUACCACUUGUACACCGCCUCGAAAACGUCACCGUAGUGCUCAGCACACAGAUAUGGAAAGUGCUCUGUUUGUUUGGUUUACGAACACUAGGGCCCAAAACAUUCCGGUGACAGACGAAAUUUUGAAAAUCAAGGCUAAACGUUUCGGUGACGAACUGGGCAUAACGGAUUUCCAAUAUUCAAAUGGAUGGCUACUAAGGUUUAAAACUCGACAUGAAAUAGCAUCUAAAAUUAUUUCUGGUGAAAGUGCUGGAAUUGACAAAAAAUUGAUCGACGAUGGCCGUUCAAAGGCUAUAGAGGCCAUGGAAAGCUACGAUCUUGACAAUGUAUUUAAUGUUGACGAAACUGGCCUUUACUACAAAAUGCUACCGGACCGCUCACUAUGUACAGCCGAUUCCACUAAAGGAAUAAAAAAAUCUAAAGACAGAGUUACUGUUUCCCUAUGUUGUAAUGCCACUGGAACCAUAAAACUGAAACCUUUUGUGAUCGGGAAGUCAAGAACACCACGUUGUUUCAAAAACUUUUCUGUUAAGUUAUACUGUGACUAUGCCCAUAAUAAAAAAGCAUGGAUGAAUUCCAUUUUAUUCGACGACUGGUUAAAAAGCUUUAAUAGGCAAAUGAAACGGAUGAGGAGACAAGUCCUGCUGAUCAUGGACAAUGCCCCGUGUCACAUCAUCCCCCCUCUUUCCAACACCAAAGUUCAUUUCCUUCCUCCGACGACAACCAGUCAUCUACAACCGUUAGAUGCUGGUAUCAUUCAAAGUUUCAAGGCCCGAUACAGGAAAUAUCAACUUAACCGUCUUGUUGACUGCAUUGACCGUAAAGAGUCAGCUACAGUACUCCUUAACACAGCCAUUCGGUAUGUAAAAAUGGCAUGGGAUGAAGUUUCAACAGAGACAAUCAAAAACUGCUGGAAACAUAGCGGACUUGUACCACGUAGUGAUCAUGACAAUGUGUUAUCAGUUGAUGAUAGUCCCGACAACCAUGACGAUCUCGCGAGACUUCUGACGAGAGUACAGGACGACCUCGAUCUCGACCCUGACCUACGACUGACUGUCCGACAAUUUGUUGACGCCGAUAAACAGACAGAAAUUACCGAAGUGCAGACAGAAAGCGACAUCAUUGACUCCGUUACAAGUUUUGACGACAGUGAAACGGACCUUAACACUGACGAUGACGAUGACGAACCACCGCAUAUUCCGAGCGGAACAGAGGCAAAAGCCGCUAUAGAAACGGUAAUGCGAUUUUUAGAAACGUCGGACAAAACAACAGAAUUAGAAAUAGACUCUUGCAGAAUUAUUUCAAAAAAAAUAUCGGAAAUUAUCACAGACAAUAUGAGACAAAAGCAUAUCAGUGAUUUUUUUACCAAACUGCAAAAACAAUAA